AAUCAGGCUUGAGCUCUCCAAUACGCGAAUGCGAUUGACGCCCCGUUUCAGGCUCCUGCGCGCCUCCACGCUGAAAAAGCGGAUGAUGCCAGGCACGCGCCGCACAGAUGCGCGGUUCUAAGUCUUUGUGCAUGACCAACAGCGAAAUCUGAGGUGCAGAACGCGGGCUUGCUUGGCCGCAAUCGCUUUGAAUAGCAUCUUGUGUGAAUUUCCAAGUCGAGAAGGAUCAACUGGAGUCAUAAAGGAAAGAAGCCCAACCGCGCUUUCCACUUUGUCCCUCCUCCCCUUCGACUUUUUAGUUACUCAACUCCAUUUACCCCGUCAAUUCAAUUCAAAAGAGCCUUCAACCCAACCCCAGGUGAGCUCACGGACGUCCAUUCUUCCAGAUCCGGCAUAGCAAUUCGCCAUCAUGGGCACCCGGCAUCUUAUCUGCGUUUUUUGGAAGGGGAAAUGGGUCCUCGCCCAGUACGGUCAGUUUGACGGCUACCCAGAGGGCCAGGGAGUCAAGAUCUUCAAUUUCCUGUCAUAUGCCCGCAACAUCGACAAUCUCAAAGCCGGCCUGGACCAUUACAUCUAUGAGCCGACCAAGGAGGAGCUUGAUGCCAUAUGGGCAGAGUGCGAUGCCUGGGACGAGAAUCGGUUGGCCCAGGGUCUUCCGUACCAACACAACAUGUUUGGCAUCAAUCAGCUUUACCCAAGCCUGGCUCGGGAGACCUCGGCCGGGAUUCUUGGUAUCAUCGCCCGGGCGAGCCAGACCGGCAGCGAGGAUGGCACGGAUGGCAGCGCAGGGAUGAGAGCGAAGAAGGUUCCUGUGUCGCUGGAUCUGGAGUUCGCCAACGAAACCCUGUUUUGCGAGUGGGCCUAUGUUAUUGACCUUGACAAGGAGAUCUUGGAGAUUUACGGCGGAGGCGAGCACAAGCACGAUGGCCACAGAUUCAAGGAUGUCGGCAGCGAGGAUGCGCCUGUGCCUGCCUUCAUCUGCUCAUUCAGCUUCUCCGAGCUUUACUUGAUGAGGAGUGCCGAGGAGUUCCUGGACAAGGUCAGAGAGGCUAUCGACGAGCAGUCCGGGGCCGACGAACCAAGCGAUAUCAUUGAUGGAGAAGGUAACCAUUGAGGAGGAUAUUGACCGACAGGCCAACAACCCAGAGAGCAGGGCAGAGAGGCAGCCCUAAAUCAGUAUGGAGCUUAGUAUGGAGGCGUAUGGGCACUGAGAAAUGAUUGUUUUUUUUUUUCCCUGCAAGCUAUCUGAAUGUGAGCAUCGGACCAAUACGUUGUUCUUGCGUGGUAGCAAGUGACGCCUACUUCAUGGUAACCCUGUAUUAUCCCCUUUUCUCCCUUUCUCUUGUCUUCUGGUUUUUUCAUCCUUCUUUCUUUAUUCUGCCUUUUGUUUCUUUCUGACCUAAUUUACACUUCGGGUCGCCAUUGAUACACUUCUUCCGUACCUGGUGUUAGUAGGUACGUCCGU